CUUCAUUCUGUGCAUCAGUCUUUUUCGAGUUGACUGAGGAUUCUGUUAUUUUCACGGGAGGAAACACUAGUAAAAUGAGGUGCAUACUCGCAGUUGCAUUUGCUAUCGUCCUGGUCGUAGCCGAGGGCAAGGUUUUGCCAGCCAGCGACGUUGAGAAUCAACAGACUGCCAAUCAAACCCCACAAUUAUCUGAUUAUAUCCGGGACGCUCAAACUGCGAUAAGCAGCUUAGGCACUCAAAUUCAGGAGAAGCUCAAUUUACCCAACCAGGAUGAAUUUUUCAAUACCGUUAAAGACCAAACCAACACCUUCGCCACCAACGUACAGCAAUAUCUCCAUAACAUGACCGAGGAGAUAAAGAGCAAGAGCCCCGAAAUGGAAAAUAUGUUUACAAAUUUCAAGACUAAGGUGAACGAAUUGGUCGAUAAAAUGGCUGUCAAUCCGGAGACCACGGAACAGGUAAACCAGUUGCGUGCGAGAUUUCAGGAGGGUGUCCAGUCUCUGUUGACGGAAUCCGAGAACGCUGCUAAAAGUAUCAGCGACAAUUCCGAAAAAAUACAACAUGAUGUCACCCAAUUUACCAAGAAUGCAAUUGACCUUGCCGUGCAAGCUUCUCAAAACUUGAAUAAUCAGUUGCAGCAGGCCGCAGCGCAAACACAUAGUUAAAAUGUGAAAAUACUUUGUAAAUUAUUCAGAUGUAAAAUACCUCAAAAAAACAAGUAUACACAAAAAAAUAUAAGAUUUAAUCGGUGAUCUCACAUCGUAUCAGGCUGAUUAGCUGAGAAAGUAA